GUUCCAACCCCCCCCUCUCUCUCUCUCUCUCGUCUUUAUAAACCCCUAGUUCUUCUCUCCUCCAUUCUGUUGUGCGACUUCGAAGGCUACUGGGACGCAGGGGUUCUGUUGCAAAACAUAAUGGCUGAUCACCACCAGUACCCAACUGUUGCUCAGAAGGUAGCUAAUCAAUUGUAUCUAAGCUCCAGCCUUUCCCAAGAUGUUCAAGCUCGCUACGGGGGAUUGCAGAGGCCUGCCAUUUACCAGAGACGUUUUGCUUAUGGCAACUAUUCGAAUGCAGGAUUUCAGUAUUCCGCGACACAAACAUGCCAGGCCACCAAUGAUCUGUCAUUGAUAGCCACAAAUGCCUCACCUGUGUUUGUCCAGGCUCCAUCAGAGAAAGGUUUUGCAGGCUUUGCCAUUGAUUUUCUCAUGGGUGGAGUUUCAGCUGCUGUGUCCAAAACUGCUGCUGCUCCAAUUGAGCGGGUGAAGCUUUUGAUCCAAAACCAAGAUGAGAUGAUUAAGUCGGGUCGCCUUUCUGAACCCUAUAAGGGUAUUGGUGAAUGUUUCAAGCGAACAGUUCGGGAAGAAGGUUUUGGAUCAUUGUGGAGAGGCAACACAGCUAACGUCAUCCGCUAUUUCCCCACUCAGGCUUUGAACUUUGCAUUCAAGGAUUACUUUAAGAGGUUGUUCAAUUUCAAGAAGGACCGUGAUGGCUAUUGGAAAUGGUUUGCUGGCAACCUGGGAUCUGGUGGUGCUGCUGGUGCCUCGUCUUUACUCUUUGUCUACUCCCUGGAUUAUGCUCGAACCCGUCUGGCAAAUGAUGCCAAGGCUGCAAAGAAAGGAGGAGAGAGGCAGUUCAAUGGUUUGAUUGAUGUCUACAAGAAGACCCUCCAAUCUGAUGGUAUUGCUGGUCUUUACCGUGGAUUCAACAUUUCAUGUGUCGGCAUCAUUGUGUAUCGUGGUUUAUACUUCGGAAUGUAUGAUUCCCUGAAGCCUGUGCUCCUGACUGGAAAGUUGGCGGAUAGUUUCUUUGCUAGCUUUGCUCUUGGUUGGGUUAUCACAAAUGGUGCUGGCCUUGCCUCCUACCCAAUCGACACUGUACGUAGAAGAAUGAUGAUGACGUCUGGUGAAGCUGUGAAGUACAAGAGUUCGCUCGAUGCAUUCUCCCAAAUCCUCAAGAAUGAGGGUGCCAAAUCUCUUUUCAAGGGUGCUGGUGCAAACAUCCUUCGUGCAGUCGCCGGUGCUGGUGUGCUUGCAGGUUAUGACAAGCUCCAGAUGAUUGUGUUUGGAAAGAAGUAUGGUUCUGGUGGGGGCUAA